AUGGGCCAACAGAACCUCACAACACCCACUGAAUUCAUUCUUUGGGGGAUCACAAGACAGCCAGAGUUGCAGCUCCCCCUUUUCGGGGUCUUCCUCCUUAUCUAUGCAGUGACAGUGGUGGGAAAUCUGGGCAUGAUCAUUCUAACCAAGCUGGACUCCCGUCUACACACACCUAUGUACUUUUUCAUCAGACACCUGGCUUUCAUUGAUCUUGGCAAUUCCACAGUCAUUUAUCCCAAGGUGUUAGUAAAUUUUAUUUCGGAUCAAAAUACCAUUUCCUAUUAUGCUUGUGCCACCCAGAUGGCAUUCUUCAUUACGUUCAUCAUCAGUGAGCUUUUCAUCUUGUCCUCCAUGGCCUAUGACCGCUAUGUGGCCAUCUGUAACCCUCUGCUCUACCAUGUCAUCAUGUCUCAGAGGCUCUGUCGUGUGCUGGUGGGCAUCCCAUACCUCUACAGUGCCUUUCAAGCCCUUAUGAUCACUGUUAAGAUUUUUAUCUUGAACUUCUGUGGCUCUAAUGUCAUCAGUCAUUUCUACUGUGACAAUGUUGCUCUGUUACUUCUCCUGUGUUCAAAUGCACAAGAUAUAGAAUUGAUCAUCAUUGUGUUUUCAGCGUUUAACCUGAUCUCUUCCCUCGUAGUCAUCCUGAUAUCUUACACUCUGAUUCUGUUAGCGGUGUGUCGGAUGCAUUCUGCAGAAGGCAGGAAGAAAGCUUUCUCCACGUGUGGUUCUCAUCUCACUGUGGUGGUGGUGUUCUAUGGGACUCUACUCUUCAUGUACGUGCAGCCCAAAUCCACCCACUCCUUUGACACGGACAAAUUAACAUCUGUGUUUUACACCUUAGUGAUCCCCAUGCUGAAUCCUUUGAUUUACAGCGUUAGAAACAAAGAAGUAAAAAAUGCCUUUCACAGAAUCUUUAACAAUCUAUUUAAGCCUUGUAUUUAA